GAUUUAUGUGUUCAAGAAAAAGAAAGUGGAUGCAAAGUAUGGGGCAGAGAGCGUGCUUUCCGCUCCUGUUAUGGGUUAGCUGACAAUAACACCAAAACAAUACACACGCUUCAAUUGGGCAGAUGUCCGUGAGUUGUUGUGAUUCUGGAUGGCCAGAUAGCUACCAACAAUGACAAGAAACUGCCAUGUGGGGAUUGGGAAUCUUACUUUUGUAGGUUCGGGAGCUGAAGAAAUUCAUAUUGGCCCCUAAGACCCUCGCGAACUUUUACAGGUGCACAGUUAAGAGCGUCCUGUCCAUAGGACGGAAACUGCACCGACCGCAACCGCAGGGCUCUCCAGAGGGGGGCGCGGUCUGCCCAACGCAUCACCGGGGGACACAUACAGCACCCGAUGUCACAGGAAGGCGAAAAAUAUCAUGAAGGACAUCAACCAACCGAGCCACGGCCUGUUCACCCCUCUAUCAUCCAGAAGGCGAGAUACAUCUUUUCAGAUCCUACCAACUUCCCGCAACAAGUAGGGUUUCCCCAACGUUUGAAUAGUGAACGUGACACUACUCGAACGCUUCGUUCACUUCACCGCUUGCUCUUCAUAAAACUCAUCUGGAUUACUUUGCAUUCAUCGGGAUAGCAGUUUACAAUCAAAGAUGUACCGGAACUUUGGGGACAUGGGCCACGGAGGCAGCUCUACGUACCCCAACAGCGACUCUGGGUCCCCACACACCGGAUCGAGCGCUGUAUCCCAGGACACCAGCACCUCAACCACUCAACAACAUCAGAAGAUCACUGUGGCAGGAGGCAGUCAGUUUAUUCCCAGUCUCAACGACAUCACUUCCAACCAAGACCUCCAGUGGUUGGUCCAGCCCUCCCUCAUCGGUCCAGCUGGCCCCUCGCGGCCUCCACGUCCUCCUUACCCACCUGUAGCAGGAAUGAGGUCCUUCGACCCCUCACCUUCCCAACCACACCUUUACAGACCAGGGGUCAUAAGGGCCGCGGCAAGUUCUGGAAGCACGACCAGACGCAGGAACGAUGAACAUUUGUCCCCAGAGGAGUUGGCAAGACGCAGAAUAAGGAGGGAGCGAAACAAACAGGCAGCUGCCAAGUGUCGUAACCGCCGACGUGAGCUGACAGACACGCUGCAAAGUGAGACAGACGAGUUGGAAGUUAAAAAGUCGCAUCUGCAGAAGGAGAUUGCUCAACUACAGAAGGAGAAAGAAAAGCUAGAGUUGGUCAUAGAGGCCCACCGUCCCAUUUGCAAGAUCCAGGACUCUGACUUGGAUUCUGACCCGAGCUCAGGGCUUCCCUCAUUAGGAAUUAAAAUCGAGCCUGAGGACCUACCACGGUCCUCAGUAAAGAGCCAAUCGAAGAUUAAGAAGCCCAAACCCCAAAUUAUUAUCCCUGCUCGUCCUGUGACAUCCUUUACCGUCCCCAUAGAAUCUGAGUCCCUUCACACCCCAAUUCUUAUUUCUACUCCAUCUCUUACUCCUUUCAUGGCUAGUCUGGUCUUCAGUUAUCCCUCUGGCUCUCUAGACUCCAGUUCCACUAGUUCAUCCCAGGCUCUACCGCCUCUGCCAUCUUCCUCUCAACAGGAUGUGGCCCAGCAGUCUCGAAACCCCCAGCCCUGUAGUAUUGCCCAUCGCCGUAGCAGCAGCAGUGGGGACCAAUCAGAUCACUCCCUAAACUCCCCUACCAUCUUCACACUGUGAUUUAACGGGCUUCCAUGUUGGAAAAGACUGAGUGACAACACUGGCGUUUAUGAAGAUGACGACGAUUAUGACAACGACAUGGGUGACAUACAAAAGCUAACACACUGACACUCACAAAGCAUUAUGGUGACGCAAACGACUCAUAUUUAAAGGAUUGUAUUGUUACACUAUUUUUUGUUUUCCCUGAUGCAUUUAACAUCUGACUAACUAUAUGUGUUAUGCUCAAAACCCAAGAGGUAGAAUUGUGCAAAUGUUCAAACAAAAAUGCAUCAACUUUGUGCACUUUGUCAAUAAUGGUGAUAUUUCUGCAUUUGAAAUGUAGGAACCACAUCAAUUUACUGAAGCCUUACAUGUUCUGUAUGAACACUGGCCUUUAUUACCUAUAACAACAUGGUAAUAAACACGUUGGUUUUGUUUUAGGAUAAUCAUGCAUGCAUGCCAAGUUGUAAUCUUUCUCAUGUAUGCUAUCUUUAUAUAAAAAAAUGUAUACAUAUUGUAGUUUAAUACAAUAGAAUUUAUUUCAUUUAUGCAAAAUCGGGAACUGGGAACAUUUAAGACAACUAAGGCAGGACCAUGGGAGUAAAUAUAGAAUAUAUAUAGACAUGUAUUUGAGCAUGUAGUGUAUAUUUUUGAUAAUGUGUUCUCUUUUGACUGUGGGUUUAUAGUGGGCAGUGCCUUCAUUUUGAUGCGAUCUUACAAAGCAAUGCAAUAAAAGACUAUAAAGACAA